UGCUUAGUGUUUUAUUUUGUCAUUUUAAUUGGCUAAUAUUUGUUUCCGACCACCAAGCAAGAAACUUCAAGGAAAAUAAAAAUACCUUGUCCACAAAAAAUCCCAUUCACCUGCAUUCUGAUUCCAAGUUUUACCCAGAGAGAAAUAGAGAGAGAGAGAGGCUGUGCCACGAAGUCCUGUUAGUGUCCACCAGACUGGUCAGGUACAUGGCAGGACUAGCCCUCUUCUCCAGAAAGUGGUUUUUAAAGGAUACUUUUUUUUUUUUUAAUUCUACGACAGUCUGCCAUCCACCCAUAAAUGCCAUAGCUGGCUCUCUCACCGUUUUUGGUUUUCAGAUUAUGCACUAGUUGAGGCAAAGCAUAGCAACACAAAUAUUUAAAUGGCUCCCACAUUUUACAACCUUAACUGCUGUGUUUCAUAUAAAGGCCACACGGUGAGCACUGUCACUGAUGUGCCUGGGUGUCCCUGAGGGCUCCUGCUUGGGGAAAUCAGGAAUGGAGCAGUGUGAGAAGCCAACGUCACACGCCGAGAAAGGAGUCUUAGAAAAGAUAAAGCUUUACCUUCUGAGAAAGCCUUUACCAUCUCCCACUGACCAAAGGAAGUUUGGCCAUGACUUCGCCACCUCCACUUCCUUCCAUGGCGUUCACAAUAUUGUCCGGAACCAGAGCAAAAUCCGAAAGGUAAUCUGGUUAGCGGUGGUGCUGGGCUCAGUCUCACUCCUAGUUUGGCAGAUCUACAGUCGUUUGGUCAACUACUUCACAUGGCCCAUCACCACAGUUGUAGAGGUGCAGUACGUGGAAAAGAUCGAGUUUCCUGCUGUGACAUUCUGCAAUUUGAACAGGUUCAAAACAGAUGCGGUAGUCAGAUUUGGCAACAUUUUCUACUUAUGGAGUAUUGUGUCCAAGGUUUUCGGUGUUCAAGAAAUCAAUGCCAAUUUCACUGACUCUCAAAAGGUUAUUGAUUUUGUUGAAACUCACCAAAACUUCAGCAUUACAGAGUUUGUAAAGAACAACGGAUUUUUCCUCAAUAGAAGCACCUUGUUGGCAUGCGAUUUUUUCGGAAUGCGGUGUGGCCCAGAGGAUUUUAAACACAUCUUCACUGAAUAUGGAAACUGUUUUACCUUUAAUCACGGUGAAAAUAUCCAAGAAAAGAAGAAAGUGAGCGUGUCUGGAAGAGGCUUAAACUUGGUGUUUGAUGUACAUCAGGAGAAAUUUACAGACAACCCAGACCUUGGUUUUGCUGAUGCAGGGAUUGUCUUUGCUAUCCAUCCACCUAGAAGGGAGCCACGGUUUGAUGGCUUAGGCUUGUCCUCACCCGUGGGCAUGCAUGCUAGGGUGACAAUCCGCCAGCUGAGGACAGUGCACCAGGAGUACCCCUGGGGAGAGUGCAACCCGAAUAUGAAACUGCGGGGUUUGGACAGUUAUAGCACCUUUGGUUGCUUGAAGGAGUGCAGAGCCCGACACAUAGAGCGGCAGUGUGGCUGUCUGCCAUUCACACUUCCAGGAAAUAAAAUAGAAUGUGACCUACAAAAGUACUACAACUGUGUCUCUCCGGUCAUUGAACACAUAGAGCUGAAGGCGCUGUGCACCAUGGGGACACACAAUUCCAGCUGCCCGGUGUCCUGCGAGGAGACAGAGUACCCCGCUGCCAUUUCCUACUCCACCUUCCCGAGGCAGAGCGCUCUGAAACACCUUUCCAGGAGGCUGAAUCAAAGCGAAGCCUAUAUCAGAGAGAAUCUAGUGAACAUUGAGAUAAACUACAGUGACUUAAACUAUGAGAUCACACAGCAGCACAAAGCAGUCAGCGUGCCGGAGUUACUUGCAGAUGUUGGGGGUCAACUGGGCCUGUUCUGUGGAGCCAGUCUGAUUACAAUUAUUGAAAUUAUUGAGUACAUAUUCACCAAUUUCUAUUGGGUAUGCAUCUUCUUUUUGCUGAAGAUACUUAAAGUAACCCAAUGGACUCUGCAAUCUCAGAACCAUUCUGGAAAUAAAAAUAGUAUAGAAGAAUGCUAAUAUUCAGUUAAAAUAAAAGUGUAUUUUUUUCCCAUUCACUCCUUCAGAUUUACCAAGGUUAAUUCAUUGUUAUUCAAUUUUAUGUUUGGAGAGUUGAAUAAAAGCCAUUGA